AGGAGAAGCAAAAACAAGAACAAAAGGCAGCCGCUUUGGAUAUCUUCAACGAAAUCAAAGAGCAACUUUCAAGUUGCCCCGAACGCACCCGCGCACUCUGUCGCACUGUAUGGGGGACCCUUUCCCUAUCCCUUAGCACAGCGCUCACGGCAGCGAGCAUCGAAGCCGGCGACGACGGUGGCGCAGGAGCAGGACCAGGCAGAGGGGCCGGACCAGGCGGAGGUGGCGGCGCAGCGUCAGCAGCAGCAGGCGGCAGCAGUCGCUUUGCCACAAUAAUGGGUGCAGUCAAGUCCCGCAACAUCACCACUGCCGAUGUGGAUGCAGAUGAUCAGCAGCACCACCAUCCACAGCACUGCUCCCACUCCAUGCUGCGCAAUGGACACCACAAUCACAACGGUCCUGCAUCCGGGGGCGGCACGCUACAGAAGCAAGACCUGCGCUACGACAUCGGCUCCAGCUCCGAGUACCAUCACAUCCGGCAGCCGAGCGUGCGAAGUCGCAGCCACCAACCGAUGCCCACAGCAGAUGAGCUGGAUCGGCGGUUCGCCAAAGUUCUGGCCUCCAUGGACUUGCCGCCGGACAAGGCAAAGCUGCUGCGUAACUACGAUGACGAGAAGAAGUGGGACAUGAUAUGCGAUCAAGAAAUGGUGCAGGCGAAGGAUCCUCCCUCACAUUACUUGAGCAGAUUGCGAACAUAUUUGGACCCAAAGGCAUCGCGCAGUCAUCGGCUUUACCUCUUGUACUUUUUUUGCCAGAAACGGAAAAUGGUAGGCGAGUCGACGUCCACGCAGGUGCUGCGGGACCUAGAGAUCUCGCUCCGAACGAACCACAUUGAGUGGGUGAAGGAGUUCCUCGACGACAAAAACCAGGGCCUGGACGCCCUGGUGGACUAUCUCAGCUUUCGGCUGCAGAUGAUGCAGCACGAGCAGCGUCUGCAGGGCGCCCUCUGCGCCUCCGAGGAGCGCCUAAACCUAACCAGCGGCGGGGAUGGCGUGGAAAUGGUACUCGGGCAGAACAGCUCGCUCAGUCCCUCCCAGAGCCAGCCUCACAAUCACACUCACAAUGGGGCCCUGGGCAAUGGCUCUCUCCUCCUGCUGGACAGCUCGAGGCAGCAGCAGCACGUGUCGUACGGCUUCCUGCGUCCCACCAUUGCCGAUGCCAUGGACAGUCCCAGCCUGAAGCGGCGCUCGCGUCACAUUGCCAAGCUGAACAUGGGAGCGGCCACCGACGACAUCCACGUGUCGAUAAUGUGCCUGCGGGCCAUCAUGAACAACAAGUACGGCUUCAAUAUGGUCAUUCAGCAUCGGGAGGCGAUCAACUGCAUCGCCUUGAGCCUCAUCCACAAGUCGCUGAGGACAAAGGCGCUGGUGCUGGAGCUGCUGGCGGCCAUCUGCCUGGUGAAGGGGGGGCACGAGAUCAUCCUGGGCUCCUUCGACAACUUCAAGGACGUGUGCCAGGAGCAGCGGCGCUUCCAGACCCUCAUGGAGUACUUCAUGAACUUCGAGGCCUUCAACAUCGACUUCAUGGUCGCCUGCAUGCAGUUCAUGAACAUCGUGGUGCACUCCGUGGAGGACAUGAACUACCGCGUCCAUCUGCAGUACGAGUUCACGGCGCUGGGGCUGGACAAGUACCUCGAGCGGAUCCGGAUGACCGAGUCCGAGGAGCUGAAGGUCCAGAUCUCCGCCUACCUGGACAACGUCUUCGAUGUGGCCGCCCUAAUGGAGGACUCGGAGACGAAGACGUCGGCCCUGGAGCGGGUCCAGGAGCUGGACGAUCAGCUGGAGCGUGAGAUUGACCGCAACUCCGAGUUCCUUUACAAAUUCGGCGAGCUGGAGUCGGAGAACAUCAAACUGAAGACGGAUCGCGACCAGCUGACGGUGGCCCGUCAGAAUCUGGAGGAGGAGCUGACGGCCCUCCAGCGGAUGCUGCAGCAGAACGAACAGGAGCUGCAGAAGCGCGACACGCUGCUGCGCACCAAGAACCAGGAGCUGCAGACCCUGUCCCGCUCCCUGCCCCGUUCCGCCUCCAGCGACGAUGGAUGCCUCACGAAUGGCGGGCUCCUGGCUGGCGCUGCAUCGGGCGCUGCCUCGCCCCUGCCCCCGCCGCUACCUCCACCGAUGCCAACUGCAGCAGCAGCUCCGCCACCGCCACCGCCUCCACCUCCGGCACCGCCCGCCCCGCCGCCACCGCCCAUGAUGCCCGGCAUGGGUCUCAGUCCGCUGGGCAGCCCCAAUGGCAGCAUCGCCUCGAUGGCGCCCUACACACCGUAUGCUCAGCCCAUGCUAUGCUCGUUCGCGCCGCCGCCUCCUCCGGUGGCCGGCUUCAUGCCCGCCCCCGACGGCGCCAUGACCAUCAAGCGGAAGGUGCCCACCAAAUACAAGCUGCCGACUCUCAACUGGAUACCGCUGAAGCCGAAUCAGGUGCGUGGCACCAUCUUCAAUGAGCUGGACGACGAGAAGAUCUUCAAGCAGAUCGACUUCAACGAGUUCGAGGAGCGCUUCAAGAUUGGCAGCAUUGGCGGGGCUCUGCACAACGGCAUCGCUGGCUCGGAGGUGGAUGGCUCGUUGCAGGCCAGCAAACGGGUCAAGCGGCCCGACCAUGUCUCGCUGCUGGAGCACUCGAGGUUAAGAAACAUUGCAAUCUCCCGGCGCAAGCUUGGCAUGCCCAUCGACGAUGUGGUGGCUGCCAUACAUGGGCUGGAUCUGAAGAAGCUGUCGCUGGAGAAUGUGGAGCUGCUGCAGAAGAUGGUGCCCACCGAUGUCGAGAUCAAGGUCUACAAGGAGUACAUAAUUGCGCGCAAGGAUCCCCAGCUGCUCAACGAGGAGGACAGGUUCAUGCUGCAGCUGUCGCGCGUCGAGCGCAUCUCCUUCAAGCUCUCGAUCAUGAACUACAUCGGCAACUUUUUCGAUAGCGUCCAUCUGAUCAGUCCGCAAGUCCAGUCGAUAGCCGGAGCCUCCAUCUCCCUGAAGGAGUCGCGCAAGUUUAGGGCGGUGCUGGAGAUUGUUCUGGCCUUUGGGAACUAUCUGAACAGCAACAAGCGCGGACCGGCCUAUGGCUUCAAGCUGCAGUCGCUGGACACGCUCAUCGACACCAAAUCGACGGACAAGCGGUCGUCGCUGCUGCACUACAUUGUGGCCACAAUACGGGCCAAGUUCCCGGACCUGCUCAACUACGAGACGGAGCUGCAGUGCACGGACAAGGCGGCGCUGGCGUCGCUCGAGAAUGUGGUGGCCGAUGUCCACGAGAUGGAAAAGGGCAUGGAUCAGGUGCGCAAGGAGGCCGAGCUGCGCGUGAAGGGCACCCAGACGCACAUCCUGCGCGACUUCCUCAACAACACCGAGGACAAGCUGAAGAAGAUCAAGAGCGACCUGCGGCACGCCCAGGAGGCGUUCAAGGAGUGUGUCGAGUACUUUGGCGAGUCCGCGCGGACUACCGAUGCGGCCGCCUUCUUUUCGCUGAUUGUCCGCUUCACGCGGGCCUUCAAGCAACACGACCAGGAGAACGAGCAGCGUCGUCGCCUGGAGCAGGCAGCGGCCCUGGCUGCCUCCAAGAAGGAGAACAACGCCCAGGUCCUGAUGCGCAACAAGCACAACCAGAAGAAGCAACAGUUGGCUUCAACAUGCGCACUCUCCUUGCAGGACGCCGUUAUCAACGAGCUGAAGAGCAAGGCGCAUUCGGUGCUCGAGAAGAAGCUGAUGCAGCAGGACGAGGUCUACAACGGGGCCCUGGAGGACAUACUGCUGGGGCUGAAGAGCGAGCCGUAUCGGCGGGCGGAUGCGGUGCGACGAUCGCAGCGCCGGAGAAUCGACAAUAAUCGCCUGUCGCGCACCCUGGAGGAGAUGGAUUGCUAGGCGCGACGACCACGACCACAAACAGCAACGAAUCGAAAAUCAAAAUUCAAAAACGAAAAAAAAACAAUAUAUUUAACAAAUAUUGAGGAGAUACUGCAAUAUGUGAUUGGGCGAUUAAAUUGUUUUGGACACAUGCAACAGACACACUCACACUCACACACACACACACACACUCACAUUCCCUCCCACAGGAACAGGCACGAUGUUGCGCCUCGACUCGAAUAUUUUCAGUAUAACUUUAAGGUGAAUAUUGGAUCCUUCCCCCCUCCCAGCAUCCCUUCCUAUCCGUGAAUCUCGAAUCUUGUUUUGUGAGAAAUAUUUUUUCGCCAAAAUGUUUAUAAAAUGUAAUUUGAUUUAAUUUUGAUUGGCUAGCGCUUAAGUUGAAUGAAUUGAUUCGAGGGGUGUAUUUAUCAGAUAUUUAAUUGUUAAAUAAUGGUUUACCUUUUUAAACUGUGUACAUAUAUGCGUAUAUACAUACAUACAUCUAUCCAUGUAAUGUAUACAUGAUGUUUAGUUUAUCGUUUAGUUGUCGAUGCUUAAGUUUUAACCAAAUUGGAAUCACUUCGAUCCGCAUGAAUAUGGAAACUAUUCCAAAUACACCUAAGAAAUAAAUUCAUGAGAGAGUAAAAUGCA